UCAAAGAAAAGUAUUUAUCUGAAUGUCAUUCAAACGAAAAAAUACGUAAUUCGGCUAAUAUAAAUUUUCUGUGAUAUAACAUGAAUAAUGGAUUCGAGAGACGACAAGAAAUCUUUGAAGACUCGUCAAAAUCAGUAUGCAUUCAAUCGUUAUUAUGAAUCCAACGCAGGUCACCUGUUUGUCAGUCACAUCAACCCGUUCGAUACAGUUGGAGACCGCGGCAGAGAGGUCAAGGAGAAUCUCAUCAAGAAACGAAACACUCAAGAAUUGAUUGCUAUUUUCGAAAAUAGAUCAGAAAAUUAUGAUUUAGACAAUAAAAUAGAAGUUAAAAAAAUAAAUGCUACACCAUCUACAGAGAUCGUCGAUGAAAUAAUGAAAACUGGUCCGUUUACUAAAAACAUAUUUAUGAGCGACCGCUACUGUGAAACUGACUCCUUAUUUAUUGAGCACCAAAGACCAAUCGCGCAGCCAGCGACCAGUAUAUCUGCAACCGUGUUGGAUGAUGACUAUGGAGUUUGCUCAAGAAAUGUGUUUAAAAGUCCAAGCAGCGAUUAUGAAGACAGGUUCGAGGAAUAUAAUGUAGAUAAUAAUCGAUGCAUUAGAGAUUCUAACGAACUGGUUACCCAGGUCUUAGGAGAAGAAAAGAAGCAAUGUGAGAAAACGACUUACUGUCGCCCAUUACUGAAUAUGUAUAACCAAGAGUUUAUUUACAAAACAAUGCAAAGGAAUGUGAGGUUACAGAAACUGGUGAAGAAACUAGUAGUCGCGCGGCAGCGAGAAAAAGAGAGAGAAUCAUGGAAUAACUAUAUUAAUGAUCUUAAAAAUAAACAUAGAUAUUACAGUAAUGAGCCGACUAGGAUAUCACCACAGUACGUGCCUGGCGAUCGUCAUACUCCUGAGAUGAUUGACGAUUUUUAUAACACCAGAUUUCAAUGGCGUCAAUCGAAUCCCUGUCAGCAUUUGCUGGAUGACUUUUACAACACUCGUGGUUACGCGCCACCGAGAGCGUGGUGCCCGCGUCCCCCCGAGUAUGAUAACGGUAUGUUGCCAGAUGUCGAAUCAUUUAUAUAUGAUAAUAAUCGGUUUUGCUAUCCCACUUGUUCACAAGCUAAUAUGAAAAAAUGGAACACAGAACGAUUACACAGCCAUUACGGCUACGACUGGUACACGAGGCCGUCAGGUAGAUUCUUCCGUGGCAAUACUAUAGUUAUAGAAAAAGAUGAUGGAGGUAUGUUUGAUAGACUAGAAGGUACAACUAGGCCUCAUGCUGCCCCACGUACUCGGAAUAGGAAAUCGAAACGAAAUCAUUCAGUGAUACCUGAGCAGAAACAUACUGAUGCAAUGCCGUUUGUUGAUGAGACUGAAUUAACUAAUGUAACUGCCACUGCAUCACCAGUUGCAGUGGAUGAUCGAAAUAUAUAUUAUCCAUAUUCUAGAGAACCCAUACACGCAGGCGCUAUAGGUGAUAAAAAAGAUUCAUUUAGUCGUGUUUCUAUUGAAGAACCUUCGGAACUUUCGCAAGAUACGAAAAGCAAACAACAACCAUUGAAAAAUAAGGUGGACCUUAAUGUUCCUAACAAAGAGACGACAAUCCAGAAUCAGCAAAUUGAAGUAUCCAAUGUAAGUCAGCCUCAAGUGUCUUAUAUGAAUGAUACCAAAGUGAAAGAUGAACUUCCCGAUAAUGUAGAAACUAACAAACUGGCAAACAAUGUAGCACAAAAAGUUAACAGUAAACACAAGAAAAUUAAUUAUGAAAAAACGGAGACUGAAGAAAACAAACAAGAAAAUUUGAAAGACACGUUUAAAAAAGUUACUGAAAAUAUUUCAAAAUUAAAAAACAAGUUACGUCAGUCUGAGCAGGACGUGAGAAUAAAAUCUUUAUCAACUAUCGAAGUAAAAGUCGAUGGUUUGAUGAAAUCCAUCAAUUCUAUCAUGGAAGACAUUAAGAAAAAGGAAACUUUGUUAAAAAGAAAUGCCUCUGUAGCAACGUCAUUUGUGACCACCCACCAAAAACUAAACAGACAGAAAAGUGACCCUUACAGUACUGUUAAAAAUGAGAACUUUUUAUGUAGCGUGAUGCACAGCAGCUCUAGAAGUGUAACGAUUUCUGAUUUAGACGCUAAUGAUUAUCGAAGGCAAAGAGAAGAUAACAUCGCUAAAAUAGAUAAAAUAUUGAUGGAGGAGAUGAACAAGAGUAAUAAAGUUAAGAGAGAUAUCGAAGAACUGUUAAACCUGCGUCUCGACAGGAGCUGCUCGGUGCAGAUAACGUUCGAUAUCCCGACGAAGGAAAUAUCUACUGAAGUUACCAAUUCUCUAUCUAAAGCCAAGCUCGGUUCUAGAGCAGAGAUCGUAGUAGAAGAGAUACAAACACAGUGUAGUUCAGAUCGUCGGCAAAUGACAAUAGCAGUGAAUACUGAUCCCCUGGGUUUGUUGGAUUUGUUCAAGAUUUCCACGGACACAAUAAAAAGGUUGUUCUCAUUUGUGCCUUACUUGAGCUACAAUUCUUAUUUUUCGUUGCUACAACUGUCGCCCAAGAGGUGCGCGUCGCACUACAUUUGUAACAUUUGCGGCGCAGUGUUCAGCCGGCCCUCGCAGCUUAGUAACCACAUUGAACAACAUACUUUGGGAAAAACAAGGGAUUGUUGUGUCUGCCGCCACGCGCUCGACAUGCAGCGAACUCAGGCUGGCCUGUUCGAGUGCCGGUACUGUGGCCAGAGGUUCACCAGGGCCUACUGCCGUGAGCUGCAUGAGCAGACGUGUGCCCGUCACCUCGGCAGGACCCACGAUGUUAACUCUGGCCACAUUCUGCUGCGGUAGGCAAAGCCAUGCAGAUAUCUUUGAGAUAUUUGUAAGUUAAAAGACAAACAAGUAAAGAUCAUCUUUGAAAUUCUGAAGUAGUGUCACUAAUUAGCUGUGCCCUUGGUAUAAAUACUACUAGUAAUAGAACAUCGGUUGAAUUGUGUCACUGCUUGUGAUAUUCGGAUUAGAAUUUAUCACAGAAAUAUGUAGUUACAUACAAACAUCGCGCUAGCAUAUACAUAUGUACUUACAAUUUAGUAAUAAACAAAUAUUGUGAAACAAUAUGUUAUAGUUGGUUUGUAUGUAUAAUCAUGUAUAAUUAUUAAAUAAAUUAUGUGUAUACGA